GAAAAGUUCAUUAGGAUGGGUGUUCGCUUAGAAGUGUUUCGGAUGAUGCUGUAUUCGUUGUUUCCUGUGACAGUCAUUUGGAUCUCCAGUCAAGCAGAAUAUUUUGAGGAGUAUGUCAUUAAACGAAAGAGGGAGAUCUUUCCUCCAGAAGAGAAAAUGCAAAGGAAAGAACUUGAAGAUUUUAAGGAGAGAAUGAGGUUAAGAAGAGAGCAACAAUUGCUGAAGCAGCUGGAUACCCUAAAGGAAGAUUAAUGCGUUCUUGCGAACAUUUCUAGACCCUUGUACUUAAAUACACUUUUCUGGUUCCUUAAAUACCAUAUAUGCUGUUUUCAUACCUUGACAGUCUGGAUAUACAAGCAACUGAAAGUGCUGGUCUAGCAUUUGAGACUCCAGUCAUUUGAUGACUUUUGGAGAGUUUUAAUUUAUUGAAGGUAUUAUUUCACCAGCUGUUACAAUAUAAAGCUGUUUAAGAAGCUGUUUAAAAUUAUUUAUAUUCUUUAUAUCUGAAUAAAGAAUGUUCCAUUAGUUGAGAUGUUCAUCAGAAAAA